CACCUGGCGAUGCACCCUCGCGUGCAUUUGCACAAGCAGCUGGAGCGCGGAACGGGGUGGACGACGGUGCGGGAGCGGGAGCGAGCGAGAGAGAAGAUGAGACCGACGCCGAUGGAUUACUUCGCGGAGCUAGAAGACCAGGGCACCACGGUGGCGAUGGACGUCGACGACGUCGACCCGCUCGAGAUCUUCGGCGGCGAGGGCGUCCUCUCCGUCGACAACAAGCUCGCCGACGCCGAUUUCUUCAACGCCUUCGAGGACGACUUCGACGACGCCGACAUCAACUGAUUCGAUAUCCCCCCGCCCCGCGAGCUGUCAUCGGCCGCGCCCUUGCAUCUUUCUGUGUGUCCCUAGGGUUCAUUCGCCCUCCCCCUCUCCUUCGUGGAAGGAGAAGGGGAGAGAAACUCGUCAGUCAUCCUUCUCGCUGUGAUGGAUUGCUCUUAAACCCUUCCUCAGUAUAAAUAUAUAUUCAGAAAUUGAUUUUCGUUUACUAA